AUGCCCCUAGAGGGAGACAAGAAAAAGACACCCGCACCUGGAAAAGAACAAAAGUUCAACCCGCAAUCUCCGCUAUCCACUCGCGGUAAGCCAGCACCCAAGUCCGUUAGUCCCAGGGUCAAAACCGCGACUUCCACUCCGAAAGCAAAGGUUUUGCCAUCGACCAGUUCGAAGACAACUCCUAGGAUUGUCAUUUCCCGACCAGUGACGCGAGCGUCUAGUGAGUCUUCUUUAUCGAGAAAAUCCGAGAGUCCCUCCGCUGUCGGGACUGAUUUCCUCCGCGUCACACGCUCUACCACAAAGAAAAUGGCAUCCUCUGAGCAGCCAACGCCCGCAACCGCAGCGUUGCAUAAAUUCAUCGCCGUCAGCGAUCGCGUAAGCCUUUUCGAAGCGAAGAUCAACACUCCUGAUCAAGCCUCUCCGUCCCUACACACGUUACAAGUCCGUCUGCAACAGGUGCGAGCCUUAUGGGACAAAGUGGAAAGAGAGUACGAAACAUGCUCUGACCUAAUGGCCCAAGAAGGAUCCCUCGACACAGUGUCUAUUCUCCAGGCCAAAUAUGACUACUGCUACUCAGUAUACGAGUCAUGUGCAGCACAAAUUGGCGAAACAAUCGACAAAGCAACGGCUCAAGUCGCGCAAGCACCCUCUCAGCCGCUAAUUUCGUCCGGCUGCCGCUUACCUCCAUGCGACACGGAAGUCUUCGAUGGCGACUACCUCCGAUGGCCCACUUUCCGGGACCUAUUCACGGCAAUUUACGUAAACAACCCCAGGCUGACUCCGGUCGAGAAGCUAUUCCAUCUCCUAACGAAAACAAGUGGCGAAGCGAAAGCCAUCGUGGCGAAAUCUCCUCUCGCGAAUGAUGGUUUUGCUUCAGCGUGGGAGGCGCUUCGAGAUCGGUUCCAAAACAAGCGACUUUUAGUCAACAGCCAGCUCAAGCUCCUUUUUAACUUGAGUUCAAUUUCGCAAGAAUCUGGUCAUGCUCUAAAAGAGCUACAAUCCACGAUUCAGGGGUGUUUAACAGCACUAGCGCAUUCCCAGGUAUCCACAGAAAACUGGGAUUGUCUCUUGGUUUUCCUUUGCGCGAGCAAACUGCCCAAGCAGACCCUGUCCUUAUGGGAACAGUCGCUAACUGCCAAAUCCGAGAUCCCAGCUUGGGAAGAAAUGAAUGCCUUCCUGAGCGAAAGGUAUCGGACAUUGGAAGCCAUCGAAGAUAUGAAACCGACUCAGGCAGUUCCAAAAAGGCUUCAAUCCUUCGAGACAAAGGUCAGCACCAAACAGAAAGGGUGUGACUUAUGUUCUAAGGAGAACCAUCCGGUCAGAUUGUGCCCGCGUUUUCUUCAAAUGUCUGUUGACUCGCGCUCCGGCUAUAUAAAAAAGAAGCAGCUAUGUCUGAAUUGUUUUGCCAGAGGUCACCAGCUACGCGACUGCACAAGCACACACAGCUGCUUUACAUGUAAGGGCAGGCACCAUACGCUGCUGCACCGCAGCCCCCCAAAUUCCGAAAAUGCGAGUUCCUCAACCUCGCCCCCUACACAGCAACCUCCGAGACCCUCCAGCAGAAAUGCAUCGGCAAGCACCUCAGCGGUGCAAACUUUUUUCGCGUCCGGCACUUCAGCCGUCCUACUGAGAACAGCGAUCAUUGACGUGUGCCAUUUGGGGACGAACUACCGAGCCCGAGCCUUAAUCGACUCGGGAUCCGAGGCGACGUUCAUUUCAGAACGCCUGUUCAACCUCAUCAAGUUGCCAUUCCGCAACACCCAGACCCAAGUCUCCGGGUUAAAUCAUUCCGUCUCCGCGAAAUCCUCGAAGCUGUGUCACUUCGGGUUUCGCUCUCCUACUAAGCCAGGUCUACAGUUAGACACUGAAGCGUACGUCCUUCCGGAGCUCUCAGGCAAACUGCCCUCCUAUCCGAUCCCUCGGAAUUCUUUGAAGGACCUGCCCGCACUCCGCUGGGCAGAUCCUACCUUUUUUGAGAGCUCUCAAAUUGAUGUACUGAUCGGGGCUGACAUUCUACCAUCCAUAAUGAUGGAUGGCACCCAACAAAAUAUUUGCGGAUUUGCCGAUUUCCAAGGCAAGUUCUGGGAGGUGGAGGAUCUACCAGUAAAGAUGGUAAAAGAGUCGGACUCCUAUUGUGAAAGGAACUUCCUCCAAACAACAACAAAAGACGCAAGCGGGAGGUACGUGGUGACGCUCCCGUUCCGGGACCCCGAGAAUACCGGAUCCGAUUUAGGAUAUUCAAGAUCCAUUGCGUUAGCUCAGUUUCUUAGAAACGAAAAUCGUUUAAAAAGAGACUUUCCCUUAAAAGAGCAAUAUGACAGCGUGAUCCAGGAGUACCUGGAUCUGGGUCAUAUGAAAGAAGUUCCGCCGACUCACAAUUCUCCCUCGUAUCAUCUUCCUCAUCACGCGGUAGUUAAGCCCGAAAGCACCACUACAAAGCUUCGCGUUGUAUUCAACGCUUCAAGUCCGUCGGCAAAUGGGACCAGCUUAAAUGAUAUCCUUCAUGCUGGUCCAGUCCUACAAUUCGAUCUAACGAUCCAGGUCCUGAAAUGGCGUUAUUUUCAAUACGUCUUCAGUGCAGACAUUACGAAAAUGUAUCGUCAGAUCUGGGUCGAUCCAAAGCAUACCCCGUUUCAAAGAAUUCUGUUCCGAAACAAGGAAGGAGACAUCCGAGACUUUGAACUAAAAACAGUUACCUUCGGGGUCAACUGCGCCCCCUUCCUCGCCAUUCGAAUCUUGCAACAGCUGGCAGAGGAUAUCCAAGUGCCAUUUCCAAAUGCCAGCCGCAUCAUCCAGCAGCACAUGUACGUCGACGACGUUCUGGCAGGGGCGAAUUCCGUAAACGAAGCCUAA